AACGCAGCAAUACGUUUGAACUGAGUUGUUAAUUUCAAGGUCAAAGAGUUUUAGGUAGCAGGGCUAUAAAACUUCCUUACAGAUACGUUUCAAAGUCCUAUUGGUCGUUGUUUAUUGCUUGUUCUGUUCAAACUUCCCCAGAAAAUCCACCCUUACUUCCUUAAGCAUUUCACUUGUAAAGCUACAAUGUAUCAUUCUACAACAAUUAGUUUAAUACUAAUGGCAAGUGUUUGUUCUCUAGUGACAGCUAGCAUAGACGAAGUCGAAAAGCACGCAGAAUUAAAAGAGCAGACGUCUUCUGAACAAACUAUCAGCUUUACGUCUCCAGAACUUACAGCAGAAGAUAAAAAUUCCGGCCAUAUGCCUGACUAUCUGCGAUGCGAUGCUUGUAAAGCAAUUGCCUUUCAGAUGACGGAAUAUCUGGCGAAAGCACAGCAAGGCAAGAAUGCAGAUUUGCUGGAAUCUGAGUACAUGGACGCACUGGAACAAAGCUGCUUUCAGAAAUGGGAACAGUAUGGAUUGAAAGAAGUGUAUGGAGUCAAACAUCUUUCAGGGCCUGGACUGGAAACUGAAAGUGAGAUGGGCAUGGUUAUGUUUGGGGGGCCAUGGCCAGGAAGGUUAUUUAAAAUGUGUCAGAACUACUUGGGGGAAUAUGAUGAAACAGAAAUUUACCAAGAAUACAGAAGAAACCCAGGAUCCUUAAGGGAUUACCUCUGCUUUGGAAGCUCUGGAGUUUGCAGUAGGCUAAGUAAAAAGGAAAAAAGACAUUCACCCAAAAAUGAACUCUAAAAUCUGUGAUCUGAAGUGGUUGUCUUUGUUAUGUUUUUGAAAAAGAUCAUUUUGAGACUCGGCAACUAUAUUACAGUAUAUAUUUAAAAAAACAUUCUGGAGUUGGUUAAAAAGUCACAUUCAAGAAACUGUGUAAAAUCCUAAUCCAUAAAACAUAUUUACUGUAUAAUCUCUGUAGACGUUUGUUUUGUUAACUGGGUUUUUCUAAACAGAUAUAUAUUUUCAGUAAAAAUACUGUGCUUCUUCACAAGGGUUUUUAAUCUCUUUGCAGAAAAAAAUAUUUUCAUACCUCAGUCAUGAUCCUGAUUUACAGUUCAUUCCAUGUACAGUAUAUUUAAAAAUGCUUAAGCUUUUACUUUUGGAAAAACUCAGUGUAGUUACAUUGACACACUUCAUGUUAAAGUUCCAUAUUUCAUUUUUUCUGCAAUUUAACUAAAGCCUUAGUGCUUUCCAAGGUUUUUACAAAAUGGAGACCUCUGAGUAAAUUAUUUUUCAUUGAAACAGCCAGUUACCAUUUUUUCCAUUCUAAAUAACGUACUAUGGAUUUAUGGAUGUAUUCAUGUCUAGUGUUAAAUCU